UCAACGGCGUCAGACGUCAGCAACGGAAGCUGGACAAGUGCAAAAGUGAAUAAGUGAAAUAGUAAAAUUGUGUUGAAUCACAGAAAUUCAUUGAUUUUCAGAGGUCAAUUUAAGGAAAAAUAAAAACACAGAAACGUAAAAGUGCAGCACAGUACAAGUGGCAACAAAAAUAACUGUAAACAUAAAGAGCAGGCAUACAAUAAAAUAAGCAAAAAAGUUUACUCUUUCAAGAGAAGUGAUAACAAAAAGCGGCAGCCAACGAGCGAAUGCGAGCAGCAAGAAUAGAAAAAUAAAUAAUGUCUGAAGUGAUGCUGGUGUAAAAACAUAAACAAUAAACAAAAAAAGAAAUCUCUUUUCGGAAAAAAGUUAAAUGAAAAGCGUAAAGUGUAAAGUGGAAGAGCCAUUGAGAGCGCUGGUGUGAAAAAGUGUGAAAAUUCAUUCUAAACACACACAUGUGAAAGCGUCACUCGCCACCUACUUCGCCAUCUUAACGAAGUGGCAACAAAAACCCAAGCAACAAUAACAAUAAAGAAAUAACUACAGUUACAAAACGGGCAAUGCCACGAAAAGCACCGGCGACGCACAUUCACACGCAUGCACAAUCAACAAAAGAGCUGUCAGUUUAAGACCCGAAUACAUGUGUUACAACAACAACAAUAGCAAUAACAGCAACCAUAAUAGAAGCAGCCACGGCAAGCGCCGCUGAGACAGCAACCAAAGCCGCCACACAGAGCAGAGCCAGCAAAAGCUAUAAUAAUAACCAGGAAAUAUAGCGAGCGAGUAGCGGGAAAAACACAAGUUUUUGUCUGGAAUUUGCCGUCUUGUCUUCCUGUGACGUUAAGUGAACCUCGAGCAUUAGCAACAUGUUGAAGUUUCUGCGGAUUAUUUGCAUUUGGAUCUGCUGCGCGUUCUGUCUGCUGGAGCGCAUACAAUUGCCCGCCGCCACAGCCGCCAUUGCAGCACCCUUCGAGUAUUUCGAGGAUCACGACCAACUCUCCUACGACUUGGAUACCGAACAGUCAAAAGCCAAAUAUGAUACACGUCUGCUGUCCGAGCAAAUGUUGAAGUUGGAAAAAUCCACUGAACGGUACGAAAGUGCUGACAGCCACGCUAACGGCAUAGGCAACAGUGCGACCAAUUCCGAACUGGACGAAGACACCGAGUCGGAAGCAGAUGCGGAUGUGGAUGAUUUGCAACCGCAUGAACGUGCGGCUUCGUGUCACAACAAUGGCCAUAAAUACACACACGGUCAAAAGGUACCGCGAAUUGAUCCUUGUGAAGUUUGUCUGUGCAUGGAUGGCGAGAUAUUUUGCUGGUGGGAACUAUGUUCCAAAAAGCCUGGAAGCCAAAUCCCAGCCGAAUAUCACGCAAACCCACAAUACGACACUUCCACUGUCAGAUUGAAUGCGCUGAGCAGUACUUCAGGCACGACAGUCCCACCCACCGUUGACACAGUGAAGCUGCAACAACAAUACCCGGAUCCACGCCCCUACGGCAACACCUUCGAUGUAAGCGCACCGAAACAUGAACACCUCACUGAGAGCAGUAAAAGCAAGCAACAACAACAAACACAGGACACAACCAUCUCCAGCUCCACCGUCAACGGUGGCAUUAAGCCGUACGCGCACGCCACCAAAUCCUGGCAGAAGAAGAAGACCUACCAACAGCAGCAGAAACAAAAACACGAACAGCAAAAACAACACCAACACAAACAUGCACACGAGCACGCCGCAUACUAUGCCUACCCGCCGUCAUCGUCGGUGUCGGCCAGCAAAAUUCUCAGUUUCCCGGAGAACUUGCCAUCUGUGUUGUAUCACGACUACCGCACCGAGGAGCAUCAGCACCAUCAACAUCAACAUCACCAGCAGCACUUGAAGCAUCAGCAGAAAAAGCUACAGCUGCUAAUGCAACAGCAACAACAAAAGCGCAAACAACAAAUGCUACAGCACACACACGGCACGCGGAAGGGUGGCGAGCACCAGCCACCACAAUAUCAACACGACAUUUUUGCGGGAAAACCGGCCCCGGCGAGUGCAUAUGGCUCAUCGCCACCAGUGUACACGGGCAGAGACAGCAGCAACUUGGAGCUGAGCGCCGACUGGGGGCUGGUUGGCGGCAAUGAAAACAUCUACGAUGAUGCCGAGGCCGACAGCGAUAUACUCCCCGAGCCGCCGACAAAGAAACCGAAAAUGUCAGCCGCAGCAACAGCGGAAGCAACAACAAGUGCUGCUGAGCUGGUAACAACAACUGCUACCGGCAAUAUUACUGCCAGCCAAAUACAGCUGGCCGUUGCUGUUGGCGCACAAGCGGCCGGACACGUGGGUGUGCAGCAGAGUGACAGCUUCGUCGGCGGCAACGAGAAGUCAUUAAAAAUGAAUGCUGCUGAUGCGUCGUCGCUUUCGCUAUCCGCAUCUUCCCCCACUUACUUCACGUCAACAACAACAUCAUCAGCUGUGGUUAACGCGGCCACACCAGCGAAUCCAGCGUCCAACAAAAUAACGGACAACACGGCGGAACUCCGGCAGCAGGAUGUGUUUAAUCGCGAAAGCAGCGAAGAAGACCAGGAUGACGCCUUCCAUCGCUGGCUCACGUCCACCGAAAUUAAUGCCAACAACAACAAGAACAACAGCGGCAGCUUUACUGAUUAUAACAACAAUUCGUUGGAGUUAGAGAGCGCGACACCAGCACGUCGCACAGAUUUGUCGGGUCUCGCCGGGACACAAACUAUUAACGCAACGACCGCAGCAAAAACAAUAAACGACACGAACGCACCAAGGGGUGCGGACGGUGGCGGUGGCGUCGGCGUCGGCAGAAAUAAUAACAAUAGCAAAAUUGAUAACGUUUACUUUCGCAGUUCCUACAAUGAUUACAGUAGUGAGUACAAUGGCAGCGUGGUGAAUAUCGAUAUAUUGCUCACCACCGCGGAUGAGCAACAACAAGCCCAACAGCAACAGCAACAGCAACAGCAUAAGGCCGAUUUGAUUACGCAGUCAAGCAGCAAUUCACAGCAGGCGGCAAGAGGCGGCGGCACGGCGGCAGCAAGCAGCAAUUCCAGCGCAACGGUGGCAAUAAAUGCAACAACAACGCUACCAAUUGCUGGCGUUCAAACGAGCAGUCCGGAGCGACAGUGCAAUGUUAUGGGCACGCUAUACAAAAUCGGCGAUGUACUGCCACAGGAUACCGGAAAUUGCCUGCAAUGUGUGUGCAUAGAUGGGUCGACGAGCGAUGACACGCCGCGCGUCACCUGUAGUCCGCACAACUGUCCGCCCCUGGUGCUGCCCGAUCUGUUCGAUGCCACAGGAUAUUAAACGGCGCUACAACAACACACAUGGGCCAACUCACACUGCGGCCGACAGCGUAUCCAACAUCAUGCACCCACACACACACUCACAUCUACAAGGCAACAGCGAUAUAAUAAAAAACAAGAAAACGGUAAAACUAAAGCAUCACUCCAGGUGGCAACAGUAAUAAGAGUAAUAAUGAUGCAUUGCGCUCGCAGUUCAUCAACUAGAGCCACCGAUGUCGCUGAAAGUUAAAAGCCACUGGAUCGCCAACAUUCGGUCGAUGUAAAAUGCAACGCCUAGGCAUAUCCUGCAACAAAUCAAACUUCCAAAGAAAUAACAACGUCAAACGUACACAGAUAUCCACACCGUUCCACGAACAUAUUCAUAAGCUUAGUCAAAUAGAAACUGCAUAGACCAUAGUCCUUCCAUACACACAUACAUAUAUAAAAACCUGCACACCAACACAUUCAGAAAAGAGCUGAAAAUAUGAAAUAAAUGAAACACAAAUUUAGUGCUAAGUCGAAAGUCAGAAACUCACAACUAGAAAAAGCCAAUAGAAAGCUUUCAAUAACUGUAUGAUAAAAUUUAAAAUUCAAUAUUUAUUUUUGAGUUUCGAGUUUCGAGCUUGCAUAAAUUAUUAUUUGGCGUCACUUCAUUGCAGAAUGGUGAAGCGCAAAGCAUAAUGAGGCUACCGACUAUAGAAAUCUUUGCAGAUAAGUGUUAGUAUAUCAACUGAUAUGCAUGUAUAGGAUAAAUGUAUACAUAUUUAGCGGUACUUAUAUGCGAUAUAAAGCAAAUUAUACCGUUUAUUUAUAUUUGAAGCAGUAUUGUAUCAAUAAUUAAUUACUACUAAGACGAUAAUGAAACACUGGCAACUGGAGAACUAGGUGAAAAUUACAACAAAAAAUCAUAUGAAAGUAUAUUUGCAUAUAUUUAAGUAUAUAUAUAAUAAACGAUUGAAACUGAGUACAGACAAAUAAUUUAAUUUCAUGAGAAGUAACGUUAAAUAAACUAGGCUUAUAACCGUAAUUCAUAGCAAACAACAAACACAUAGAAAAAAUUAUAAACAAAUUACAAACACACACGAUUUAUUGCUUUAUUUGAAAUGUUUAAAUUAUGCAGCGAAAGUGCAGCGAAUUCAUUAUGUAACAAAUGCUGAAAUUGCGCAUUCAUAGCUGGCAAUACACGCCAAUUGCAAAGCGUUGAUACAAACAGACAAAAAUGCAUGUGAAAUAAUUUAUUAAAAAAUAUGCAUAAAUGCGCUUUUCCAUUUGCACACAGGCCUUUGGACAAACAUUAGUGUGAGUGUGUGUGUGAGCAUAUUUGCAUAUUUAAACAUAUAUCGUUACUUAAAAUGCAAAACAGCGUAUCAUCAAAUAUUCAAAAUUGAAUUUUUUAUUGCUUACAUGUAGCAUAAACGUUUAAGCUUCCGCUGCCCAAUAUAUCCGGUAUAUAACCAUUUUAUAACCAAAACACAAAUUUUGUUUCAAUAUGCGUGGUUUCUGUUAUAUCGUUUUUCCUUCGCUAGCAAACUUAUAAAAAGUGAUGUUACGUUAUUUUGCAUUUUAGGUGACGAUAUGCACAUAUGUACGCGGCAUAGUAUGCGCUCGCCUGUGGCAGUGCAAAAAAGUUGCGUAUACGCCACGGCGCAAAUGCGGCGGCUCGCUGUUAAUCACUUCAACAACUUAAUUAAAAGUAAUCAAAAGUAGAUAAACUAUUUUCACAACAACAACAACAAGAUUUAAUUUAUUUGCCUCGCAUUUUAGCGCACUGAUUUAUUGCCUUUAAAUUAUGAAAUCUGCUUUUUUUGUUCAACGCAUAUAAUCACUUUGUUUGCAUUAGUUGCUUAAUACACAAAGCUUUUCCACACAAAAACUGAUUCGCAGGUGACGCCGAAAAGCAUGCUAAGCGCGGAAAAUCCCUAACCACCGUUGGAUAUGCCAGCAAUAACUAUUCUAAUUUCAUUUUCAUCAAUUUCGAAUUUUCGAAAUUUGUUGUUGCUUUGCCAUUUUAAUUAAUUGUUUAAUUUAAAAAGAUUAUAAUUUGCAGAAUUAUUCAAAAGCACGAAAGAGCUGCAUAUAUCACUUCCAUAUUUGCAUGUGGUAAGCUUCAAUUGGUUUUUGGUAAGGCAAGCCUCCAUAUUUUAUUUAUUUAAGGCGAUAAAUUAAUUAUAUUUGUCACUAUGUGAUUUUGAUUUCAGGUUAUUGGCAUGCAUUUCGUAAAUUAUGAAUAUUUCUGCUAAAAUUGUCAAAUAUUUAUUUAAUAAAUAUUUGCUUUCAAUAACUGGUUUCCAAUUUUUGGUGCAGCGUUGCCUCAUUUCCAGCUUUGUUAAACAUUUAUAGCGCUGUUCGCGACAUAUUCGAUAUGCGGAAAUUAUGCUUAUUGGGUCGGCAAGUUAAUUAAAUGUGUUAUCACUUAAUGCGCCACACUUUUCAAUUUAAACUGGGAAUUUUAAAGUUUAUUCAAAUAAUUUCAACAACUUUUUAGUUUUAAAUUUUUUUUUUAAUACGUACUCAAUCGAAAGCAUAUUACUUUCACAUCUCCUACUAUUUUAAAAUGUGUAUAUUAUAAUAAUAAACUCUGAUAUGUCUCCUUUAAAUAUACCAAAGAAUUUUACUUCUUUAACUAAACAACUGGGGACUAAAUAUUGGUUAAACGAUUAAGAAGUUUUUGAGUUGUUAUGGGCUGAUAAAUAAUUUCAACCUAAGCAACUCGGUUCUGGAUGAGUAGUUCAAGAAUGUAGUGCUUUUUUCUCGUUAAAAAGGUGUGCAAAUUCGGAACAGCAUUUUCGGUUGUCUGAAUUCAGAUCCUUAACUGGCCUCCCCAAGCUGGGGAAUAGUCUAACAGCCGCCGUAUGUAUAAGCGUGUAUUGAAUUUUAAGGCACCUUACGAGGAUAUCGACACCAGAUGGAGUUCAGUUACUAGAUCCAUGUGGAGCAGUUAUCCUUUGGAUUUUUGUGCUUGACGCGAAUUUAAGCAGAAUCUGUGGCCUCACUAUCGAUACCUCUUCCAGUCUAUCAUACCGUGGGGAUCCCAGAUGCUUACAGUGUAGUCUUGCCAAUGCGAGACAAGUGCACAAGAGAGCCUCCAUGGUUUCCUUGCUUCCUUGCUCUAGACAUUUUCUACAGUCUUUUUGAAUUCUUACAGAAGUUAUCGGUUUUUUUUUACUUACUUUUGACUGAUUUAUGUUCAAUGUUAUGUUUAACGCCGCAAACGUUUUUUUAAUAAUGUCAAUAAUAUUUUUCUUGAAAUAAUCUUAGAAAAUAAAAAUCAUAUAUUGGGUUCUUUGGUACUAUCUUAGAUCUUUUCUCUUCGUUUUUAAGUCGAUAUCCUAAAUAUAACUUCAUAAAAUGUAGAAAAGAAAGCUGUAAUUGCGGUAUUUGGUAGAUAUUAGGUAAUUAUCUUACCAGUCAAAUGAAGAUUGCAUCUGCAGAAAUACUCUCUACCCCGCAAUCGGACCGUCUCACUACUUCUUCUUGCGGGCCCGCUGAGAUCGCCUCUUGUUUUUCUGUUGGAAAAUAAAUAUAUUGCAAAAUUAAUAUUAGUAGCCAACCUUCUGCUCAAAAAGCACAAUAAUUUUGAGAUCGAAAUAGACGACAAACAGUUGUCUUUCGACACUCUCAGAAAACGUCUUCUUUGGAUUCCCGAAAAACAUUGAAGAAACUUGCUUUUAUGCUAAGCGGGCUUACGUUAAGUUAGAUUAGUUCGUAGGGUUGUUCCUAAUCGAUAGAUCUGACUUGGAUAGUUUUCAUCUUUUGUGUUACCCAUAAGCUCCUAAAAAUGGAUCACCAAAUCCUCAUAGAUCGGCGAAGCGGUUUUAGUUAUCACAAGUUUGUUAAGGCGGUUAGUAUCAAUCCCAGCCACUUCGCUAGAUUCGCCGAGAUAUGUCAGUCUCAGUCUGCUAAAAGCCAGACAAUAGAGGAGAAAGUUACAAAAUAAUUCUAUCCCGCCUUCUUCCUUACAGCUUUGGCAAAGGGCGUCCAACAAAAUAUUUUGAAAAUAUAUAGAAUUGUGACCGGGUUCUUUAUGUUAAAAGCAAGUACUUUAGAGUACCUCUUACGGUUCACUUUGGGGUAGAAGGAUAUCAAAGUUGUAUUGGUACAACGCUAGAACUCAAGACGACAUCGGAAAACCGACUCGCUUCCAAUUGGAUGAAAGUGGGGAAAUGGUGAAUCCUUAGCAAGCUCAUUGUGCACCCAAGCAAGUCUUAUACGGAGGAAGCUUGAUUUUGUUGGUAAGGAGGUCAAACGCACAGUCAGCGAGGUCGAAGCCAGUAUAGUCGCUCGGCUAUCGGGGUGAAUGCCUAAAUGUCCGAAAACCUCCAUUUCGAAAAUGUAUAUAUACUGCUUCCUUGAUGGCAACCAAAUCCGCUAAAAAAACGCUACUAAAACUAAAGUUGAUGGAGGGCUCACGUCAGAAGACUCCACCUUCUACCCUCCAUCUUAAAUUCGAUCCAUACGUGGAACAACUAACUGCGCAUGUUCUCCAAUGGUUCUUUCCUCGACAUGUGAGCAGAGAAAGAACCGCCAGGACAAGAUUCUGAGAUGCAGCGUUCCAGAUUAUAAGGAAUGCAAUCGACAUAGCCCCUGCCUUAGGCCCCUCAUAUUCCUAUAUUCCCGCAAAGCACUUACCAGCUAUUUCCACUUCACGUCUUUCGAAUUGCUACUCUACAGCAGUAUAAGCCAAGUUCUUCACCCUGUACUCUGGUUGAAGUAAAGAGCCUCCGAAGGAUAGGAGAGUAACAUCAGAAGUAUCUCCUAGCAAAUGAAAAUAGCUCUUUACACAGAAAUCUCUACUACACCAAAUUUCCAAUUUGGACCUGUCGUCAUUCCACUUCCAAAUCAUAAACCUUCAGUAUUUUUUGUUGUGGUCGGAGAUACUAAAAAGUUAUCUUCCCAAGUAUUGUAAUAUCUUUCUUCGUUCCAAGUCACCAUCGCUUCAGCAACCACAUUAUACGUAUAGACUAGACCCUACCUCUUCACGGCCAAUCGAUAUCCACUUUGCUCUCCAGUAGACUUUCAAAUUUUCUUUUGCAACUCUUUUCUCUUUGGCUUAGAUCUGCAAACGGAUUAGUUACCGCAGAAUUACCGGUUUUACUUUGAACUAUGACUCUUUUUCUGAAACACCACAUCAUAAAUAUUUUAAACACCACGUGAGACUAUGAGGAACCAUGCAGUAUCGUUCUUCUUUUCCUUAGAAUUGAGAAUUUCUCUUUUGCAGAGAAAUCUACCCUGAGUAUAAGCCACAAAUCGGAUUUGUCUGACCAAUGCAGUUGUUAGGGGAAUAAUCUGCCGUUACGUUACACACACACACCCACAGCCAAUUCUCAGAGUUGUUUUUAAAGCGUGAAAAAAAUAUUUUAAUGAAAAUUAAAUAAAUAAACAAUUUGCGCUGGCAAUAAAUGCGCAACGAACGGUUAUUUGGCUAGCGGUAAAAACUGCAAUAAAAACAUUGAAAUGAAGACCGCAUUUGAUGGCUGAAAAAAUUGCCACCAAAACGAUGAAAGCUCGCGCAAAAAACGAAAGCGUAAAAAAGCACAAACAUUUAAUUACGAAAUUUUCAUUCAUUUACAACAAUAAAAACAAGAAAUUUAAUUAUUUUUAAUGAACUGCUGUAAUAACUGUAAUAAUCAGUGACACGCCAGGCAUUUUAAGUACAUUUCAAAAAAUGCGAGAGAGAGAGAGAGAGAAAGGGCGAGGGAGAGCAAUUAAAAAACAAUAAGUUUACACAGAUGACGAGCAAAAAAGCAGCAAAACCAAUAACAAAUACAAAAUCGUAUAAUGGAAAAAAUUGAGGUUAAUAUAUUAAAAAAAAUUUAAAAAAAUAGCGAAUAAACUAAUAGACUUGCAUUUAUCGGCAUUGUAUCUUGACCUAAUUAUAACUGUAUAUGAAUAUCAUAGAGAGCAGAUAAGUAAGUUUCCGUAAUGUAAAUGUAGUUUUGCAUAUAAACAAUAAUUGUAAUUGUAAUUGUAACUGUAUAUUAUUACUUCAAAGUAGGCAAAAGUGAAAAUUAUACGAAAUUUAAACUAAGAAGUACUCGUAUAUGUAUAUGAACCAGUUGGUAUGUAUGAGUGCAUGUAAUUGAAAUAUUUUAAUGCAAUGAACUUCUUGCAUUACAUAAAUACCUAUAAUGAUAUAUAAUUAAGAUUAUUUACUCUGUAUUUAUAGGCGACAAGGUAUUGAAGAGAAGAGUAGUGAAAACUUUUACGUUGAAAACGAUUUAAAUAUAUUUAAUUAUGUAACACAAGAAACAAUAAGAAAUUAAAUCAUUAUUGCAUGUAAUGAAUCCGAAUAAAUUACGAUUUGAAGAAUA